UUAGAGUCUUAUAUAAUGGAAGAAGUCCCUGAAGACCAAGCAGGGUGGGAGAACACUCUCACUCCCAGUGAAAGGGGGUCAGCGUUCAGUUUGGUGCUUGCUCUUGAGGAGGACAGUUCAAAAACAAAGUUCAGUUUAGGAGUUAAGGAGGCAAAGAUGAUGUGCCCAUUAUGGCCGUUGCACAUAGUGCUCAUGUAUUUGAUGGCGCUGUGCCCGCUCUGGUAUGUCACAUGCCAGAUUGUCGCCAAAGCAUCGAAGUUCAGCGCCAAGUUUACACCUGGCGAACUGAGUUCACUUUAUAUGCAGAACUCUCAGACCGUCGGAGUGUCGACGAGAGAUCUUAGCGACAUGGAGAUAAAAAAUAGCAUUAUACGAGCAAUUGUGUCGGAUCAGGCUGUAGCGUACGUUCCGGAUUCAGAAGUGAUAUUUACAAAGUCGAAAGAGGAUUUGAACGAUAUCUGGAACGGGAGUUUUAACAUCACGGGCAACUUUUUGGGUUUUACAUCUGUUAAAAUAUGUGUUACAGACAAAAAUGGGCCUCAGAAUGUCUGUACAAAAAUGUCUGAUGAGAUGAAAGUCAAGGUAUUGAGAAAACCCCGUUUCAUCGAUCAUGUAUUUACAGGAAGUGUAAUUAUUCUUGUUUCUGUGAUAUUCAUAAAUUUUGGGUGCGCACUUGAUGUAAAUAGCUUAAAACAAGCUAUUUUGCGCCCUAUUGGACCACUUAUUGGACUGCUCAGCCACUUUCUAUUUUUGCCUUUGAUAAGUUUUGGUUUGGGAGAGCUCUUGUUUCCAGGAGAGUCAGGUAGUUCUAUGAGAUUAGGGUUGUUCUUCACUGGGAUUUCACCAGCUGGGGGUGCUUCAAAUAUUUGGACUUACUCUUUGGGAGGCAACUUAAAUCUCAGUGUGACAAUGACAGCAGUCAGCACAUUAGCAUCUUUUGUGAUGAUACCACUUUGGGUGUUCACUUUGGGACCAGUUAUAUUUAGCAAAGGCACAAUGGGUGUGCCUUAUACUCGCAUCCUGACGUCCGGUGCAGGUCUUAUCAUUCCCUUAACGAUAGGAUACAUUAUUCAACGCAAUUGCAAAAGAUUAUCCGCAAUUAUGGUUCGCAUCCUGAAGCCUUUCUCUGCGUUGUUGAUCAUAUUUAUAGUGGUUUUUGCUACUGUAACGAAUAUGUACCUUUUUCAGUUAUUCUCUUGGGAGAUCAUUAUCGCAGGAAUCGGUUUGCCAUUCCUAGGAUACCUGGCUGGUCUGAUAAGUGGGAAAUUGUUUAGACAACCGCCAGAGGAUGUUUUGGCAAUAUCGAUUGAAACAGGAGUUCAGAAUACAGGGAUUGCGAUAUUCCUCCUGAAAUUCUGUUUGCCACAACCUCUGGCAGAUUUGACGACAGUGAUACCGGUAUGCGUGGCACUGAUGACACCUCUGCCUUUGUUGAUUUUACUCGCCGCAAGAAAAAUCUUGUUCGCAGAAUCAAAAAAGGAGAAAGUCACUACAAGCACAGACGACACGUUACCUUGCCUUGAAAAACUGAAAUCCCCCAAUACACGGUAUUAGUGCCUUCAUCGUUAUCACAAAAACCAGCCCAUCAGCGAUAGAUAAUCUAGUAGAACAUUAGAUUUUUUCUAAGAGUAGGAAAAAAAUUGUAGGACAAAUGAUUUUUGUGUGCAUUUUUAAAACUUGAAACUGCCUUCUGUUCUUUAAGAACGAAAAUCAAUCUUUGCACUUUGGGUCGACUCGCCAAGUUUCUAAUAAUAAGUUUUCAAAAUGAUUUAUUUUAUGACAUCACUUCAAAUAAAUCAUUUUUUUGUUAAUUUAAAAAUGUAAACGAUUACAUUCGAAACAACUUGUACUGCAUUUUUGAUAUUGUCAUUCCGAUGUUUGACCAUGACAAUUAUUAAAUUAUAAUUAAUUUAUUUUGAUAUUAAAUUAUGUUUUUAUGUUGACUGCGGUGAUUUGUAAAACACGCCGAACACCAUUAACCAAAUAAAUUACUUAUUAGAAUGCGACUGCAUUAUGAGAAAUAAAUGAACAGUUUAAAAAUUGUAAUAUAGUAUUUAUUGUAUAAUCUGUGUUUAAACACCAUUGAGAGAAUUUUUUUUAAAUGUAAGCAGUAAAACGCAUGGAUUAUUUUAUGUUAUUAAAAAUUGUUCGGUCAAAACAUCUAUGUCAUUGUAAUUACAAAAUUUACAUUUCAUAUUAAAGGAGAGACCCAUUGUGCAAGGGUAUUACUACUUAAUUAAGUCAGCAAUCAUGAGAAAUGUUCAAAUUGUUAAAUUAAGAAAAAAGAACUAAAAAUCUAAGUACCUUGAAAAAAUAUAUACAGCUUAAUUUUAUAAUUGUU